AUGGUGGCAGAAGUGUUUGGACAAGCGAUUCGAAAGUGCCCAGAAAUACAAGGAGUGAAAGUGCCCAGAAAAGUGCCUGGAGGGACGGAAGUGGAAAUAUCACAAUAUGCUGAUGACAACACCUGCAUUGUUACUAAUUCAUAUGGUCUUGUUAAAGUCAUUGAUGUCUUUAAUGAAUAUGGUCGAGUAUCGGGAGCGAGGCUUAAUACAACGAAAUCAAAGGGUCUUUGGCUCGGGUAGGUGGCGUUCUCGUACUGAUUCACCCUGUGGUCUAACCUGGGUUAACACCAGCCUAAAAAUUGUUGGUAUUUACUUUGGUUCUGAAAAUGCAAAGAUCCAAUUAUGGGAAGAGAUUACGGUCAAAUUCAAGGGAAUAUUGAAGAAAUGGGAACCACGGUAUCUGACGUUACGAGGGAAAAUGACGGUGAUCGGGAGAUUGGUGGCUUCGACGCUUUGGCUUGUGGUAAAGAUAUACCCGCUAACGCGUGA